AUGUUUCCCUCCCCCUAUUUGUUCCUUUUUUUUGACUUUUCGGAGACUCAUAGGACGAUGUAUGCCUCUGCGCAGGGGGCCGCCAAUCGAGGGGAAAAAAAGGGAAAACGAAGCAAAAGGAAAACAGCCCAGUGCAGUAUGGCAGAAUGGCAGAACAGAACAGACACACCACAGCACAGCACAGUGCGUGCACUUUGCCUCACCGCUCUGCCUUUCCUUUUUCCCCCGAACGGAGCAACCAACAGCACUCGGUGCGAAGCGCGGAGUGUGGAAGAGGAACCCCACCUUAACUUAACAAGCAGCAUCCCUCUUAGGUGCUCCUUCCCCUCCCUGACCAAACAGAUGGGGGUACUUUCCCCCCCCGCACCUGGUUUUCAUUCACCAGACGAGGUAGCCAACCUGUGUGGCUCAUUGUGUAUUUUUUCUCCCGUCCAAAGGGGCUUGCCCUCCCUUCUCUUUUGCUAAACUUCUUUUCGCCUUAAUCGACAUCCCAAUAAGGGGCUUC